GUAAAUGAAAACAACAGGAGGGUUAAAUGAGUCUAGCGUUUGGAUUAAAGCAGCAAAGUGGCUUUUAUUGAUGUGAGCUUCUGAUUCUUUAUGAUUAUUUCACACAAGAUGAAAAAAUCCACUUUAAACUCUUCUGGAUAAAACACCAGCAGAUGCUCUUUACAUGUUGGAUGCAAUUAAGUGUUUUUUUUUUUUUUUUAAUUUAUUUAUUUAUUUUUUAAGUUUCAAAUGCACUUUUUACGAGAAAGGAUCAAAGAUAAGAAUAGUUUUAUUGAAUCCAAUGACACAUUAUUUGCAUGGCCAGAAUUAAUAUAUGUAUAGUAAUCUUACACUUUUUUUCACGUUUCAGUUAGAGCUGCAACAAUUAAUUGAUUAGUUUCCAGCUAUUGAAUUAGAUUAAAUAAGUUUUUCAGUUAUUUUUGAAUGGAAAAAGGCCUAAAAUGAGUGAUUGCAGUUUCUUAAAUAUGAAUAUUUUCUGCUUUCCUUCCUCUUUUAUGACGGUAAACUGAAUAUCUUGGUGAGUUGAGGGCAAAAUUAGACAUUUGUCAUCUUCUUUUGAGAACACUGAUAGACAUUUUCAUAUUUUUCCAAUGUUUUUCUUACUAAAUAUUGGGGGGAUUGUUUUUUUUAAAUGCUUUAAUGUUGUAUCGUUCAAAAACAGCUUUUUCUCAGUGAUGGAGCCUCAUGCUGAGUUCACUAAACUCUUUGGUUUUAGCCAUUACAAAACUCCAAAUUCAUCAUCAAUGUCUAACACAUAGUUUUACUGUAUUUUCUAACUUGUUUAUUUCAUUUUCAUUGAAAGCAAACCCCUUGGUUGAAUAAAAAUUCUAAUUGACAUGGAAAUGAGUAAUUUGGGGUUUUUUUUGCAUCGACAAAGUUUGAAUCCUUUAAAGCUUGUUUCCUCAUAAAAAUAAAAACUACAUUCAAUAACAUUGAAUAAAUAAUAUUUGACUUAGAAUGAGUUUUAGGUGCAUUUGUAUUCUAUUACCUGCAGAAAUGUGUUAAAUGUGAAGCAUUUAAACACAAAGUUAAAAAAACAACAUAAAAAUAGUGAAAAGUCAUCAUUUCCAUAUCUAGCACAAUGUCUUUGUGUCUUUUAUAGCUUCUUUAUGUUGUUUUCAAUCAGAAGAAGCCUAGUGGUCAAAUACAAACUCCAAAAUUGAUGAAGAAACCUCAAAAUUUGGCACAAAUCUGAAUAAAACUGGGCCCUAACUGUGUAUAUUUAGGAGUUUUAAUUAAUUUUUGAUCAAUUUCAAGCUUGGUAACUUUAAAAACACCAAAUUAUUCAUUCAGAUCUAAGGUGCAUUUACAUCCUAUUAACCUGCAGAACUGAGUUAAAUAUGGAUCGUUUAAACACACAGGACAGCGUAAAUGUGUUUUUUAGCGUAUGUAAAUGUCUCCGUAUAUGUUUGGUUUUGGAAAUUUGGUGUUGAUGUGACUAAUUUUGGGGCAUAACUGCAUAUUUAAUCCUGUUUAAAUGUGUGCAUUAACCCUUUAAAGCUUGUCACUGCCCUAAAAAGCGCUUUUAUUUGAUGAAUUUGGGACCUAUAGUGACUUUUAGGUGCAUUUACAUGCUAUUACCUGCAGAACUGAGUUAUAUAUGGAUCGUUUCAGCACACGGGACAGUGUUUUUGUGUUUCUUGGACACAUAUAUGCCUCUGGCUGUGCGUGGUGGAGCUUGGGCUGAAGCUGUGUGUCUCUACAGCAUCUCCGUCACGUAGCUCCGGUUCGUCUGAACGCAGAGAGGAAACCAAGUUGUUCUGGAUCCUGCUGAAUGAUCCGAGUUCCUCGUGUGUCCCCCUCCGCGGUAAACAGCUGUUUGUCCGUCAUUGGAGGACGCGGGUGUCAAACCAGGCUGCUCCGUGUGGCAAUUGGUUCAGAUUAAGUUUCUGCAAAUCGGUGGAAGCCUCAACCAGGAAGAGCGCACACAUCAGCGCCACCGACCGUCCUCCUCCUCCUCCUCCCUCCUCCACUCCUCCCAGCUCUCCCAGUUCACGGAGCUCUGCCAUCGCACCAGUCCGGCUCCCUCCUCCUCCUCCUCCGCCUCCUCCUCCCUCCUUCCCCGCAGAUUUGUUCGACGGUUCCCGGCUCUGGCAGGAGGAAGCGUGGCGGCCCUGUGGGGAAGCAUGUGAUGACUCACGCCAGGCAGAAAGCUUCCCUCCGGCAGAACCACAGCAGUGCCGAGUGGUGGGACGGCGGCCACCUUUGGCCACAUGGUGGCGCGAUGGGCGGCGCCUGGCCUGAGCGCACGCUACGAUUCGGCAGGACAAAGAAGAUAAGUGAGAUCUUCAAACAGCGGAAAGACAAGAGGAUGAACAACAAGAAGGGACGAGCAGCAGAAAGAUCAGAUCAGAACAGGAAGCUGGACCGGAGGCGGGUCAAGAAACGGGACAGGAAGUUGUAUCCUCUGCGAGGUCGAGUGGCGACUUCAGAUGGAGAAGGACUCAGCUGCCACGUCCUCCUCACCCGACUGGAGGAGAGCAUUCGAGAUAAGGAGAUCUCGAAAGUAAAGGAAGGAAAGGACGCUCGAAGACACUUAACUCUCAAGUCGAAAUCCAAGAAGGGGAAAAGUAGUGAAAGAAAAGCGGCAAAGUCGUCACCAAAAACGAAAUUAAAACCAAGCAGCCCGGGUUACAGCGAGUGUGUCGGGUUGGGACUCCUGCAGCCUCGUAAGCGUAGACUGGCUUCUCUAAAUGCUGAAGCAGUGAACAGUCUGCUGCUGGAUAGAUCCACGGACCCCCAGCCGGCUGCAAAACAGGCCAGGAGACAUGAGGAACCCACAAACGGAGGGUCUUCUCUGGACGCAGAUCCAGUCAGAGGUGGCGUCUCUGCAGGUCUGAAGGCUUCACGAGGAAACGUCAGUAAAGUGUCUCAUGAACUUGAACUGUGCCAAAGCUCUAAGCCAGUGAAGAAGACCAAAGUGAACCGGGGAGAUGAGGGGAUGAGUCGGGAGAGCCUGGACGCUCCAGCACCCAGAAGACUGGCUGGACUCAACGCCGCCGCCCUGCUGAAGCUAACCAGCUCCUCUGCUACCAGUAAACAGAGAGUAAAAGCCGCUCCCAGCGCUACCAUCACAUCAGACUCGACCCCGAAGCAGCUUUCAAGGGUCAAACUCCAACACAAGGGACGUUUACAGAAGCAGAAGGGGAAGGAAGUUCCUCCACCUCACAGUGGCUGCUCUACCUGCAAGAAGAAGGCAGACUUUGAGCCGAAGGUGGAGUGGGAGACCGGCUGCACCCACCGACUCACCAAACCCGGCUACCAGUCCCGCAGCAUGCUAGCGUAUCCACUGAAACAAGUGAAGGAGGAGCAGCUGGAGACUGAACUGAGCUCUUACUACUGCUGCCCCCCGGAGGGUUCGGUGGAGUACUGCCACCGCCUGGCCUUCUUCCUCGGCCAGCAGCCCUACGGAGAGUCGGAUGAUCAGCCGCUCAACUCGGCUAUGACCCCCGUGAAGCGCGAGUGCCUCGUAACCUCGCCAUCGCUGACACACUCCCACCCCCACACCGCCCUCACCCUCAGCCCUCACCCCUGCCUCUGCACCGCCGACCACUGCUUCUCCAGCUACUACGUCCACAUCGCCCACCCGACACACACUGGAACCACUUCGGCCUCGUUGGCCACGCGACCUCUGAACUUUGCCCCAUCCGGUUUGUGCCCUAAUCGAAUGAGCGGCUCCAAGCUGCUGGGCCAGCAGGUUCCCCACCCGUCCGGCUUGGCCCACCCUGCCUACUGCAACUCUGUGACUUCACCCUGCUACGGCGAAGCCUGCGGGAUGGGCGGCUACACCUACAGAGCGAUGCCUCCCGUCACCAGCAGGGGGUGUUCUUUCAGCACAGGAUGCACUGGAUGCACACAAAGCAUCAAAACAGAGGGUUACUCCUCCCCUCAGGGUGAACACAACCCCUCUCUCCUGGUUCCUCCCUCCAUGCCCAUCUCCAGCUGCCCUCUAUCCAGCGUGCCCACAUCCACUCAGACCAAACCCCACCUGCUGACCCCCCUGUCUGGUCGAGACCAGCCCCAGGCCCGGUUAAAACUAGCCAAGGAAUGCCCACAGAGCACCAAAGCCUCCAACGGCUCGCUGUCUAUCGGCCGCACAAGACUCACGGCCAAGCAGCCGUCGCCGGUACCGAGUCUGAGCAGCACCAAACAGAAGAAAGUCAGUCGAAGACGAGCCACCAACGGCUGGAGGCCUGUUGGGAUCUCCACGGAGAGGGAGGUCUUCAUAGCGGGAGAGGAUGAGACGGCCCUGCGGCAAUGUUACGAAGGCGUGGAGAGGGACGGCGAAGUGAUUCGAGUCAGAGACACCGUGCUGCUACGAUCAGGCCCCAGGAAGAAAUCCCUCCCAUAUGUUGCCAAGAUAUCAGCGCUGUGGGAGGACCCCAAAACAGGAGAGCUGAUGAUGAGCCUUUUCUGGUACUACCGACCCGAGCACACCCAGGGAGGCCGAGAUCCCAGCACACACUGUGAGAAUGAGAUUUUCGCCUCUCGGCAUCAGGAUGAAAAUAGUGUGGCCUGCAUAGAAGAUAGAUGCUACGUUCUCCCACUUGCCCAGUACUGUAGAUUUUGUGCCUUGGUGAAGCGGCGUGCUGAGGGCGCCCCCCCUGGCAGUGCCAGCAUGGUGCCCUGCCGCCCUGACUUCGCCCCCCCCUCCCACCGCUGUGUGCCCACAGACGUCGACCCCGAGUUGGUGUAUCUCUGCCGGCACGUCUACGACUUCCGCUACGGUCGCAUCCUGAAGAACCUGCAGUAGAGUUCAGACGGCCGUCGCACCUAUGAGUUAAUGGUCACGUAGCUCCUCCUGCUGCACAGAGGAGGCGGCCGAAGGACCGAACUCCCCUGUCUGGUCUGCUGGGCGCCUCACGAUCCGAGGGAAGGGGGAUGAUGAUCAUGAUGAUGAUGAUGAUUUGUCAAGGGGCAGAUGAAGCAAACAAUGUGACACUAUGAAGCACAGAUCCCUUUAGUUGACCACCGAGGGGUUAGAAUGUGUCUGAGCACCAAUAUUUCCUGGUUUGGAAGAAGGAAAAAUUCACUCAUCAGUUUUUCCACUACUCUGAGGUUACUGGAAGCUCCUGUGCCCCCCGUCCUCGAUCCCUUUUCCUGCCAGGAACACCAGGCCGAGCUGGGCCGCCGUCAGCACCGUGUUCCCCCUGAAGGAUCUUAGCACAACAAUCACGUUUGUUCCAUUUGUAAGCCAGCGGCUCAGGGAUGGUCCGGCACUAAGGUGCUUCCGGGGAACACAAGCCUGCUCUGUCGGCUCGACGUUAGCGGUGUUCAACUAGCCGGGGUGAAGGAGCAGCUAAUGGAGUGUCGUCUCGUUUCUCCCGAUUUCAGUUGUGUGUCUGUGUGUGUGAGAGCGAGUGUUGUCAGUGAGGAUAAAUGGAUAAAUGUGGGCAUUUGUGAUGGUGUUUUAGGAGGCUUUCAGGCAAUCAAACCAAACAAGCAGCUUUGGAGGAAGUGGAACUCUCUCUCUGUCCGUCCCUUCUCCUGACACAAACGUUUUCAUCUCGACCGAUGCUCAAAGUGAAACACUGCACCUGAAGGAGGGUUUGUGAAGCAGAUCUGUGCUCACAAAGAGCAGAUCUUCUUUAACGGCAUGCCAGGACACUAAAAUAAUUGAUUUUAUCAGUUGAAACUCACAUGAAACAGCUGAUUUUGAUCAUCUCAGCCAUAGUUCUGGUUUAAAGAAGCCUCAUCAACAAGAGGCUCUGCUGAGGGUCCGUUGUUUCGGGUGUUUCUUAGUAAAAGCUUUCACCUUUACUGCUCCCUGUGACUUGCCUUAUGACUCGCAGGGGGAGUUUCAGGCAGCUAGUCUCACCACAAACACCCAGGAAGUGGUAGAUCAGAUGAACCUGUCGUUAUAACAAGUCAGAUUUUCCAGAAUGUGAUGAGUAGAGACGUGCAUGAAGAAGCACUGUUUAGGGCUGCAGUCAACCAAAAGAGAGGAAUCUACUGGCUAUCAUUAUUAGCCUAAAUUAACUCUAAAUCAGCCUAAAAGCUAGUAUUUACAGCUUAUUGAAUUAUUUUAUGCUGAGCCCCCCUGUGACCCUAAUGAGGAUUAAACGGUGUAUAGAUGAUGGAUGGAUGGAUGGAUGGAUGAAAUGAUGAGAACAGACUGGGACCACAAAAACUAGGAAUAUUAUUAGUCUAAAUUAAUUUAAAAUAAACAAAACCUAGUAUAUACAGCAUAUUGAAUCAUUUACACCUGGUUGUUUAAACAGUCCAGCGAGCAUCUGCCCUUAUUCAUAUGAUUUUUGAAAAUCAACGGGAUCUGGGCACAAGAACUAGUGAGGAAUAAACCACAGACAAGUUAGCUGCUGUUUUUACAUCAUCUACCAUGUUGUUUGUUGAGUUUUGAUGCAAAAACGGCUGUUUGGAAAGUAUACACUCGACUUUUUGGCCCCAAAAGCAGCCAAACUAACACAUUUUUUGACAUGUGACAGUUAGUUGGGAGCUGAAAUGUUGGCGUUUACUGCAGCAGAGCUUAAUUACUGGGCAGACGACAGUUGUGCAGGCAAACAGAAAAACAAACAUUCAAGAGAAAGGAAAAGGAUUAAUUAAAAUACAGUUAUUUAAUUAGCAACCUUUUACGGAGGUACAAAGGUGCAAAAUUCAGUAAUAAGCAACAUUAUAGAAAAACUAAUUUAAAAAGAAUUCUGGCCUAUUUAACAUGAUGUAUUUUCCAUUAACGUGGCUUUUGUGGUAAUCCCAAAAUUGCACUGUUUGCCUUCACGAUUCAUGAUUUCUGAAAAUAAACAAGUGAUCUGGGCAAAAGCACUAGUGAGGAAUAAACCACAGACAAGUUAGCUGCUGUUUUUACAUGGUCUGCCAUGUUUGUUGAGUUCUCAUGCAAAAACGGCUGUGUGCAAAGUUUACACUCGACUUUUUGGCCCCAAAAGCAGCCAAACUAACACAUUUUUUGACAUGUGUCAGUUAGUUUGGAGCCAAAAUGUUGGAAUAAAUUGGACUUAUCAGUUUCCAUGAGGUUAGGCAGGUUCAAAAUUGUGAAAAUGUUAACAGGUGGUUUGUUCUUCCUGCUGCUAAAAAUAGUGGAUUACUCCUUCAAGGCUGCUGAGCUUUUCUCCUUAUGAAAUGAAAUAAAAUGAAAAUGAAAGAAAUGAUAGAAAGCAGUAGAAAAAACUUCCCUCCGUAUAAGGGAGUCUACUGAAAAGCUUGUCUGGUCCAACUAGAACCAUCCAAAAUGCAGAUUUUCAGUUUACUAUCACGUAUGACAAAGAAAAGCAUCAAAUUUUCACAUUUGCCAAGUGAAAACACAAACGUUGGCAUAUUAAUUCAAAAAACGAUCAAAUUAUUUCAAUAUCUCCAGACUGCAGCUCUACUCUGGUCACCAACAGUGAUGUUUUCAUGACGUCUCUCCAACUCCUCACCUGGUAAAUGUCACUUCUGCCCAUUUUAAUUCUACAUCCAGACCACUUUUUAUUUCUCCCCGUCUCCUCCUCCUCACCCUCCUCACCCUCCUCCCGCCAAGAUGAACCAAAGGAUGUCACACAAGCCAGAAUUCCCGUCUCCUCCUCCUCCUCCUCCUCCUCCUCCUCCUCCUCCUCCUCCUCCUC